AUGAUAGAGAUUUUGCAUCUCAACCAAACUCUCUAGUCUUAAAACCCGAAAAGAGUAAAGAAAUGCCAGCGCCUAUGCAGGGCGAUUGGUCUUAUAGACGUAAAAGUGAAAUUUAUUCUGGAUUAUCACCUGAUAAUGAAAAGCGUGUAGAAGAGUUUGGGUUUAAAAAACCUUUAAAAGAAAUGGUUAAAUAUUUAGUUAGAGAUCCAACACUUUCUACCGAAAUACAGAAAUACAAAGAAGAUCUUAGAAAAAAAUUAUUUUGCGGACUUUCACCUACAAAUCAAGAUGAAGUCAAAUCAUGGGGGAUGUAUCUUCCUUUGGAUGAGUUGAUAGAAAGGCUUAGAACGCUAGAAUAA